AGUCCAACAUUAGCCGAAAGCUAACGACGUGAGUCCCACUCCGAUCGCUGCUAUGCAUAUCAGUGUCGAAGAACAAGGGCAGACAAAGGAAAGCUUCAUCGCCAGAUUAUUAUGUCCAAUUAUGCGCAGACAACAACUGUGCACAAACGAAUACUUAUAUUCAUCAUAAAUAACAAAGGCCGCACUGCUCUGUGUCGUUAAAGUUUACCACCAUUGACGCCUAGCUUAGGGAGCUGCUGAAACCUUCACAGUGGAAGGUCAGAACUUGGCAACAGACAACGUUUCGGUGGUGGAGGGCGAGAUGGCCACCAUCAGCUGCAGGGUGAGGAACAACGACGACUCGGUCAUCCAGCUGCUCAACCCCAACAGACAGACCAUCUACUUCAAGGAUGUCCGACCCCUGAAGGACAGCCGGUUCCAGCUGAUGAAUUUCUCUGACAAUGAACUGCGGGUGUCCCUGUCCAAUGUGUCGCUCUCCGACGACGGACGCUACGUGUGCCAGCUCUACACUGACCCCCCUCAGGAGGCCUACGCCGACAUCACCGUCCUAGUGCCCCCGGGAAGCCCGAUCAUCGAGAGCCGCGAGGACGUGGUCAGCGAGGGCAACGAGACGGAGCUAACCUGCACGGCCAGCGGCAGCAAGCCAGCAGCCUCCAUCAGAUGGAUGAAAGGAGAUGAGGAAAUGACAGGUGAAACAACGGUGGAGGAGAUGUACGACCGGAUGUUUACCGUCACCAGCCGCGUGCGAUUCUUAGUCAGCAAAGAAGACGACGGCGUGCCGGUGGAUUGCAUCAUCGACCAUCCGGCCGCGAAUGACCUGCUGGCUCAACGGAACCUGGAAGUGCUAUAUAAACCUGAAGUGAAGAUUGUGGUGACGUAUCCCGAAGGAUUAACUCGAGAGGGCGAUAAUCUUGAUCUGACGUGCAUUGCAGGAGGAAAACCACAUCCUCAUCAGAUCAACUGGCUAAGGGUGAACGAGGACAUGCCGUCUCACGCCGUGGUCACCGGCUCGGACUUGUUCAUUGAGAACCUCAACAAGUCCUUCAACGGCACGUAUCGCUGUGUGGCCUCCAACACGGUGGGCGAGGCCUAUGAUGACUAUAUCCUCUAUGUGUACGAUGCUCCCACUACUAUCCCCACACCCACCUCCAACCCAGUCAACACGCAAGACUCCCGAGCCGGUGAGGGCGCGCCACCCAAACUCGACCAUGCUGUCAUUGGCGGGGUGGUUGCCGUGGUGAUGUUCGCCAUCCUCUGCGCGCUGAUUGUUCUCGGCCGGUAUUUUGCCAGACACAAAGGCACUUACUUCACGCACGAAGCCAAAGGGGCGGACGACGCAGCCGACGCCGACACGGCCAUCAUCAACGCCGAGGGCGGAAACACCAACACGGAUGAGAAGAAGGAGUAUUACAUCUAAAGUGUGGAAGGAAGGCUGGUGGUGUCUAACUCUGAUUCAGAUCAUUGUUUGGUGGGUGGCGGGGGGUAGGGAGAAUGAGGAUUUAGAGAGGAACCGAAAUUAGGACUGGCUUGGCCUCGUGUUGAGAAGAGGCCCAGUCUCCUGUCUCCUGGACUGCUGGGGCCUAAACUUCUGUACAAUUUCUUUCUUUUACAGACUAUUUCGUGCCUUGUUCGAUCUCCGUUUUUUUUUUUUUUUUUCCUUUCCCGUCGUCAGUCCCACUCACGUGCUUGUUGGUUUAGAUGUUUGACAGUGGACCCCGAUCUGAAAGUGGCCUGUUGUGUGUGUGCGUGUGUGUGUGUGCGCG